AUGAAUAUGAUUAUAAUUAAUCUUUGUUGUCUUUACAAUAAUCCAUCAGUUCAUUUGGUUUACAACCAAGGAUUGAAAUUUAUAGAAUAAAUUACAGUUGCAACAUUUCAAUUAGCUGAUAUAAUAUCUUGUGAUAAAGAUGCAAUAAAUAGUUUAUUAAAUUUAUUUCAAAAUGAUCAGCAAGGUUUAUUAUUUAUUAAGGACUCUGUAUUACGAGAACAUAGUUUCAUUGCAGUUAAAGCUUUUUUAUUUACUGAAGGACAUAUUCGACAUUGUACAAAUAGGGAAACAAGUUUUCGUUUUUCUCUUGAUUUAAAUGAUUAUGUUGAAGUUGAGUCUCAUCAAACUCAAACAUAUAUUCCAUCAAUGGAUUAUUUAGGUUUUGGUGAAUAUAAACAAGAUUUAGAAAAAUCAUCAGUUGUUCUUGAACGCGAUCUUAAUGUUGAUCCAAAACAUAUAUCACAUAGACGUGAACGGACAACAGCAUAUUAUCAUUUAUUUUAUAAUCCACAUUCUUUAUUUGAACUUGAAAUUCGAUGGCUUGUAGCUACAUCAUGUUCAAUUUAUAUAAAAAUAAAUUCGUUAUGGCUUCGUGAUAAACUUGCUAAUCUUCCUGAUGAAGAUCAAAUUCUUGGAAUAAAUAUCUUUCAAGAACUUAUUUUAAAACGUUAUGGUUUUAUUUUAAAUGCUUGUGUAAGUUAUAAGAAUGAAAAGAUUUAUUAUGUUCAUAUUAGUGGUGGUAUGUUAGUUUAUAUAAUAUCAAAUGUUUAUAAUGUUCAUUAUAAUAAUCGACCAACACGUGUUGUAUCAACAGGAAUAACUUGUGAUUAUCAAUUAUCUCCACUUGAUUAUGGAUUUUAUUGGAGCUGGAAUUUUUGUUUAGGAAAAAGAUGGCGAAGUUCUCAAGCAGGUGAAGAAAAAUAUCAAGAUAUUAUGUUAGCUGAUUUUCGAGCAUUUUGUGCUAAUGAUAAUAAUCGUUUAGUUAAUUUUAGGAAUGAAUUAAAUCAUUUAGCAAAUGAAAAAAUUAAUGAAAAACAACAAUAA